UUACGCUUGAGAGAGGAUGCUGGCCGACAGCACCGCCUCUCUCGGUCCAGUAUUAUUUGGUCUCCCUCUCUCUCUCUCUCCUGACAGGAGCCUGAGAAACUCGUCUUGCUCUCUCAGUUGGCUUUCUGAGCUGAGCGCGAAAUGUCGUGCGACACGCAGCCCUUCUUGCCGGCCCCAUGGUCCACCCCUAAGCACCAACGUUUCGACAAUUUCCAUCAGGACAGAGUGAAUGUGGUAGAAGCACUUCAAGAAUUUUGGCAAAUGAAGCAAUCGCGCGGAGCCGAUCUACGCAACGGCGCCCUUGUAAUCUAUGAAUCUGUGCCUGCAUCAAGUCCACCCUAUGUAUGCUACGUCACACUUCCAGGAGGCUCAUGUUUUGGCAGCUUCCAGAACUGUCCAACAAAGGCUGAGGCGCGCAGAAGUGCUGCGAAAAUAGCGCUAAUGAAUUCAGUAUUCAACGAGCACCCGUCUCGACGGAUUUCAGAUGAUUUCAUCGAGAAGGCAGUGGCCGAAGCGAGGGCGUCUUUUAAGGGAGACCCAGAAGAAGCGGACAACCCUAACACAGGAAUUGGCGCGUUUCGCUUCAUGCUGGAGGCAAACAAGGGUCGGACGAUGCUCGAGUUUCAGGAGCUGAUGACCGUGUUUCAGCUGCUGCACUGGAACGGCAGUUUAAAGGCGAUGCGAGAACGGCAAUGUUCCCGUCAGGAAGUUGUUGCCCACUACUCAAACCGUGCCCUGGACGACGACAUGCGUUCUCAGAUGGCCCUCGACUGGCUGGCCCGGGAGCACGAAAACCAAGGCGCGCUGGGCCGCGAGCUGGGCCUCGCCGAGCGCGAACUGCAGGCGGCCAGACUUGCCGGCCGCGAACUCCGCUUCCCUAAGGAGAAAAAGGAUAUUCUGAUGCUGGCCCACAGUCAGUUGAGCGGUCCCACCUAGGCGGCCAACUCUGUUGGGCUCUUGCCCGCCUUCGAUCUCGCGCUUAAGCCCCCAUUAGUGUGUGUGUGUUAAAAAGACUGCCGUCGCCGCGCGCCGCCGCCCGGCCUCUUAAUCUGUGCAAUUAUGGCACAACAGGUGACAGGUGGUGAUCGCAAAAAAAUUUGUUCUUCUGCUCAUGUUUCAUGCCCAAUAAUCAAAAUUGCUCUCAUGCUGAGGACUGGUAGUAUUUUUAGAAAAGCUGAUGUGAAGUGAAAUGAUGCGCAAGAUCUUUGCAAGGUAUUCGGUUUUGUGAAUUGGCAAUUUCUUCUAUUUUAUGAAUUGACUUUUGAAGAUCACAAAAUCAAAAUCAACCAAAUUCUUUGUGUAAUCGUUUAAAUAUUUUUUUGCGACAAUAUUUAGCAAAUGCUUGGAUUUAUUUAAUUAAAAUCAUCUUAAAGAACAAGGAAAAUAUUGGCCAAUUCAUAGAGGUCUGACACCUUGCCAGUAAAAUUUGAGACUGGAAAAAUUAUCUCACUUUAAUUUUAUGUCAGAAAAAAGCAUCUCGAGUCUUGCCGCUUUUCAUAAUAUUAUGUGACAGCAUGAUUUUUUGUGCGUGAGGAUUUUUUUAGAGUUGGAGCAUAAUCGUGCAAUCCUGUGGACUAUGCAAUUGCAAAUUUGGCACGGUCUCGAUUGUGAAGUGAUUUUGUUUUUAAUUUUGGUAAUUGUUGAACAUGGGAGAAAAUUUGCUGGUUUUAUCUUUGGAAGUGUGUAAAAAACGGCCAGUCGCUCUCAUAUAUAAUGCAUACUUGAUACUCGAAUCCCGAUUUCCAGAUCAAGCUCUGCCCGAGAUUUUGGAGUGUAGAGACCAAAAUCUAGAUAUUAUGUCUGUUCAUCACACUCUGUGUAAAUCACUUGACAACUUUUUAAGUAAUUAUUACUUUAUAUCAAACACAUUCCGCGCCCAUAUAAGUGCCGCUCCGCUUGUAUAUAAAAGUUCUUAAAGAGUUGCAUUUUAUACCCUUCUUGUUUAUAUCUACAUUGAAAAUUUUUCACAGUAAUAAAUCUGGCAGUGGAUACCCAGCAAAUUUUUCUAAAAAUUUGCAUAUUCAAACGUUCAGUGAAGAGUCUGGAAGGUCUUAUAAUGAAAGGGCACUGGUGCAAAAAGAAAAAUUAUUAAAAGAUCGCCUCCCCCCGCUCAGCUUGGCAUGUUAUCCAUAAAAAAUGAUGGAAUGAUUGUCGUCUGGCCCAAAGCUUCAAUAAAAUUGUGUUGCCGACCGUAAGAAUAUGUUAAUUCCAAGAACAAGGCUCGGCCGUGCUGAUGCAAAUUGUGCAGCGGCGGUGCACAUGCAAUUAAGCUAAUUGCUGCGGUGCAGCAUAUUUUUUUUCUGUAUGUGUGCGUGCAGCGCGCUUUGUGCAUGGUGUGAUGGGAAGAAGAGUAAUAACGGGCCCAAAAUAUAAAUCCAAGCCUGCGGGCUGCGACGCAUAAUUAUUGACAAAUCGAGAGUAACGAUACGCAUCGCAAGGCAAAACCAGUUUUCGCGAUUAUUUCAUGCUUGGUCUGUCUCUAUCUCUCUCGCUCACGCGUCGGCCGUCGCCGCCGUCCAGAGCCAACGUCGCCCAGCACCCAAAAUCACUCAUCGCCUUGCUCUCGUCCUGCCCCAAAACUCGUCCGAUACAUUCCACGUCGUCUCAACCGCCUCUCGCAAUUUUGCUCACAUCGCUUAUUAAAGUUGUCAUUUUUUAUAUCGCGAGUAUGUACCUGAAGCAGCGCCCCGCUCGGCAACACAAUUUUUCUGCCUCUCGCACACAGAUUUGUUCACAAUUAUUUCAAAAACAAAUUUUAUCUUGUUCAUGCCAGCUGCCUGAUAAAAAUUCAAUUUAUAUUUGUCUUCAAAUUAGUGGCCAAACACAUGCAAAAAUACAUUUUAAGUACUGUUUACUCAACACAUAUAGCACAAAAUAGAAAAUACUGAAAUAUUUUUUGAAAUCCAUUUUUUCUUAUGAAAUCUUAUUAGUGAAAUGCUUUGUUAUUUAACCCCGCUUUAUUACACAUAACUGGGCAAAACUUGCAUUUACGAUGAAGAUUUCCACAUAAAGUCUUCUUUUCGUAUUAUAUAACAAAAUUGAAGUUUAUCUAUACUGGCCGUAAACUUUCAAGUUCAUUUCCGUCAGCCUGGGUUUUUCAAGGCGAAAGGCACUAGAUUUUAAGGGUUAUCAACUGAAAUCUGUUGUCUAUUUAAGAUACAAUGUGUCUGUGAUAGGGUGAACUGUUUUGUGUAAAAAUGAAGCAAUUUGAUCCAGCAUUAAAUUAUUACUUUGUUGUGCACGGUUUACUUUUGUCUUGUUCGAUAAGCAGUGUUUUUUUUUUGUAACUUUAAAUGUGUACAUAAGUAGAGGUAAUUUUAUAGCAUGCGUUUAAAAUGUAGAUUGUACUCAGUUCAAAUGGAGAUUCUUGGUGGCGGGCAUAGAAUUACAGCAUGUUGAGGAGAGCCCAUCACUCAAUCAAUAACACUUUGCCAGACAGGAUGUUCAAAUGCAUACACUCACAGGAUCAUAUACUUUUGUUGAAUUCAACUGCAGCUUUUUUGCUGUAACCAAGUAGAUUAUUUUACUUCUUUUUGUUCACCUCUUUGUAAUGUACAUUUUGGAAAAUAAAAUUUUAACAAAUACCAAAA